UGUACUGAACGUAUAUUGAGAAAAAAGUAGUUCUACGUUGAAAGAGCGUACUACUUUCCAAAAUCUCUUAAUAUUUUAAUUUAAAUACAACAAUACAUUGUGAAUGUCAUUUAGUUUUUAUUUAAAAACAUGGUAUAGGCAUACGUUCCGUUUUGAUUUGUACAAAUUACGAGGCGGAAUGAUCUGAAAAGUAGUACUACCCUAUUCAGCUGUUUCCCGCCAAACACCGCCAUAGCAAACCGCUGUGAGGCGUUGUGCGUACGGCAAGUUUCGUAAUUUGUGAAUUGUGUUGUUUUUCUAUGCUGAUAAGAGACAACUUAAUAAGUUAUUAGUGUUUUUCGUGGCAAAAUGUCUACGCUAAGUAGAAGUGAGGAAAAAAUCAGGCUUGAAGACUUACAGCAGUACGAUCAAGAUGAUAUUGGUUAUUGCAGCCUGGAGCGGCCGGACUCGCCGACUCUCCGCACCCAUCACGGGUCUAUGGAGCAGGAGAAGAGGAUUCGCCGGGAGAUAGCCAACAGCAACGAGCGCCGCCGCAUGCAGAGCAUCAACGCGGGCUUCCAGUCGCUGCGCACCCUGCUGCCGCACCACGAGGGCGAGAAGCUCAGCAAGGCGGCGAUCCUCCAGCAGACUGCAGAAUACAUCUACCAGCUGGAGCAAGAGAAGACGCGUCUGUUAUCUCAGAAUUGCCAGUUGAAGCGUCUAAUUAACCAGCACGAGGGCGAGAGCAAUUCUGCUGCGAAGAAGCGGAAGACUGAAUCAGGACUGGUGGUGUCAGUGGCGGACGAGGUAGUAACAUCUGAUGGCGCGGUGACAGGAGCAGGAGCAGUCGCAGUCGGGGGUGCCGGGAGCCCUACCCUACUGGACAUAGAGCAGGCAGGAGCCAACUCUGAGCUCAUAGAUCUGAGGGUACAGCUCGAUCGUGAGCGAGGUUUGCGGAUGAUCCUGGAAGAUCAGGUCCGCUCCUUAGAGACACAACUGUAUCCAGAACGGAUCCGGGAGAUCACACAACAAGUCCAACUACAAUUCAGUCAACAACAGCAAGAGGAGGAGCCCUUAGCAGCAGGUCUGCUGACGCCAUUGCGCAGGGAGAGCCAGUCAAGCACGGGGUCUGAGAGUGUAGGACAGGAGACAGCCAGUGCAGUCGCGACACUACAGGUCGUGUCUGCGGCAAGUCUCCAGCCUGUCAGUCACACAGAGACAGUCAUCGCCACCACCCCUUCUCCUCCCACCUCCCCAUCCCCUGCCACCGCCUCUCGCCUCCCCACUAUGUUAGAGUCUGCUAUCAAGGCUGAACCCAAGGUGGAAGUCGAGAGAUUGUCCUCACCUAGUGGAACUAAUGGUGAAGAGGUCGUCCCACAGGCUAGAGUAUAUCUGGCCAGCACGUCCCGUCAAAAUCUGGAGACCAUCGUUGAAGCGAUCCGUCACCUAGAGGGAGACGCCUUUAUCAGCGAUAGUGGGACAGAGGUGUCAGCAAACAGUGGCACAACAGGAACAACGCAAGAGUCUCCCCUAGCACUGACAAAGCAACAGCGGUUACUCAAGGUGGAGAUGAACCCCUUCCUGCAGUUCCACUCCCACCCUCACCCACAGCAACAGCGCCCUGGUGUCAUCGUUGUCAAGCAACACACGUGAUCGUCUCCCCCAGCCCGCGCCACUCACAACAACUCUCUUUGAUCGUAGCCAGAUUAGCUAAUUCCCACCGGCUAGAGAAUAAUCCAUCAAAAUUUUUUUACGAAUUGAACCAGGUAAAUUGCAGUUGGACAUAAAAAUUUAUAGUGUUUUAGUGGCCUAAUAAUUUGUUUUGAGUAGUUGUUAUCAAAUUUGUAUUUAUCAGUAAUUACAAUUUAAUGGUCAAUCUGUGUUUUAGUCAUAAUAUAAUAUCAGACGUCCUACUGCAAUUCUCCUCUUUCUACUUAAUCUUAGUGAAAUUUCAGUAUUAAAUGAAGUUAGUGUUAAUGAUGUUGUUAGCAAUUCUUGCAAGUCUUGUGUCGGCUCUUCCUAUUCUCAAGCGGUUUCAUCGAAUGUUAAUAAACUAUACUUUAUAUUAAAACAUUUUCCCACAUUAAUAAGUAAUAUCGUUGAUUUUUUGUAUUUUCCUAUGAAAUUUAAGUCAGUUUGUGGUUAAAUAAACUGUUAUCUAGGCACAAUGUGUGGGGAGUGUGGGGUGGGUCUCAGUGCUCCGGGAGGACCUUAGUGCUCGGCCACGGCUCUCGGUUACAUUCUCAAGACUGUUUGUGUUAUCAGGAACUUGUCUCUCUCUUUCAAUUUCCUGAUAUUUUCUUCCCUACUUUAUUAGAGAUAACUCUAGUUCUUAUUUGUUUUUAAGUUAUGUAAAAAUUGUUUUGUGUUUUUUGUUGUGCAAGAAACAAGAAAAAAAGAAAAAAAAUAUGAAAAAUUGUUUUAUAUGCGUGACUGAGCAACAGAUGGCUGGUUUUAGCUUAUCGUGGAUAUGUAUACGUACAAUUAAAAUUCCGUAGUUAGAACAAAAGUGCAGGGCGCAUCACAUCAUAGAUGUGCUGGAUAGUCGAGUUUUUCUCAUUUUGCUGAUGUCAGUGUUAACAUUUCUCUACUAUAUAUGUAUGUGAUGGAAAAUGUGUAUAAUGUGUAUGCCGCUUCUUAUUGUAGCAUUUGGCCAAACACUUUUUUUCAUAUAUAUUUCGGUCAUAGAUUGUUAUGUUCAGUCACUUCAGGACUGAUAAUUUAAGUGUUAUUUCAAUUAAACAGUUGCAUUUUUGACAGCUCUUUUUGUUAAUCUAGUUGGUGAACACAAUGAUCUGUUAGUCGCUGUAUAUAUUUGCUUACGUAAGGUUCAUAGUCCAAGGGGCCUCCCUCUUCAGGGGAUUGUUAUAUAAUUCAAAGUUCCUUUUCAGAUCAUAAUAUUAGGUGUAAUAUUUUGCAUUUCAUAAUCACUCUUUGUAGUCCUUUAGUUUGCAUUAGCACAUGUAUGAAUGCGCUGCUGUAAAUAUGGCCUCGUGGACAUUUUGCUCUUGUUUUUUUUUAAACAUUGAUGCUGUCAUUUUAAAAGAAGGAAAGCAGAUCUGAACUUCAAUGUUUCUGUUUUCAAUUUUCAGGUUUUCAAGUAGUUUUACAUUAUACAUACUGUAGAGGCCUAGCUAGGAGUAUUUUACAUAAACCGCAGGCCUUGUAAUAAGUAGUAAUCUGUUCUUUGUUUGGUUUCAUGUUCAGUGGCAUUUUUUGUUUAUCUGUUAUUCACUACAUACAUGAUUGAUCACUUGCCAUUAGUACUGACUGUAUCAAUAGAUGAUAUUGUGGCAUUAGAUGUGUUUUUCUUGACAAAGAUACAGCAUGAAUGUUUUAGCAAAAAACUCAGCUACAGUCAGAUUUUUCAAACAGGAUCAUUGCUCAACAAUUUCCAAAGGACUUGUCUAAAUGUUGUACAUUUUUCUGUCAACUGAAGCUUCUUGCUUUGUAUGUUUCAAUCACUUACUCAGUUGCACAUUUUCGAGUUAUUUAUAAUAGUGAUAAUUGUGAAUAUGUUGAGAACGUUUAUGAAUUAUUUUUGUUAUUAAUUUAUUUUCCAAUAACUGAGAAUGUUUUGUUGUCUCCCCAUAUUGGUAGAUAGCUAAAUUGUUUACUCUAUCUUGACCAUUUGGUAUGAUUGGUUGUAAAAUAUACACUAUUUGAAAACAAAAGACUUUGAAUAAAUCAGAUCAUUCAUGUA